AUGGCGGGCGGGCGGCAGAGCUGCGAGUAUCCCAACAAACCUCCGGAAAUCUCGAUCAGGAACCCGAGGGGGCUGUCGGAUGAGCAAAUUCAAAAGAUUUCCCAGACCCUCAGAAGUGUUGCUGAAGCCAGGCUGGGGACCGAGGUGCUCUAUGAACUGAUCGAGAAGGGGAAGGAGAUUCUCACUGACAACAACAUUCCUCAUGGCCAGUGUGUGAUCUGUCUUUAUGGGUUCCAGGAGAGAGAAGCCUUCACAAAGACCCAGUGCUACCACUACUUCCACUCCCACUGCCUGGCCCGCUAUGCCCAGCACAUGGAGGAGGAGAUCCUUAUGCAGCAGGAAGAGAGAGAGCAGCACCUGGUACCUUCCUCCAAACAGGAGGUCGGCGUGCAGUGCCCCGUCUGCCGGGAGACCCUGGUCUACGAUCUCUGCGCUCUGAAGGCCGCGCCGCCCCCACAGCACCCGCUGGAGCCGUACAGGCCGGACGCCAAGACGCUGCAGCACCAGGAAGAACUGCGCUUAAUUUUCAAGAGACAGCAAGAGAAAGGGGGCAUCAUUGACCCUGAAGCAGAGAGGAACCGUUACUUCAUCAGCCUCCAGGCGCCUCCAGCUGCUGUGGAUCCAGGCCAAGCAGCCGCUACCUCUGAGCCGCCGGUGAGUGCGAGCGCUGUGGACCGGGUAGAAGAAGCCUAUCAUCUGCUCCACGGCGCCCGGGGGCCCAGGGGCUUCAGCCGGAGACCGGAGCGGAGACCUGGUGGGAGGCACAGCCAGGAGUUUCCAAAGCCUCACAGCAGAAGCAGGGCUGCUGCCUUGGCUGAAAGAAAGGAGUUGUGGCCUGAAGACCCCUCACCAGUAACCGAGGCCGUGGACUUGAAGGAGGAGCACCAUGAUGUGGAGAGAUGGACCCCGGAGGAGGGGGCCAAAGCCCAGGGCAGGGAGAAGGAGAACCUGGCGUUCAACCGCAGCAACCACAGAGCAGCUCCCAGCUGGCAGGGCCACCACAGGCCCUGGGAUUGCGGGAGGUGGGAGAGGUCCAGAGUCCAGGAGCGUGGUUCCUACCCCAGAGCACCAAGGGGGCGAGGGGUGUUCAGGCCCAGUGGACGACGAGAAGCCCAUGUCCUUGAGAAGGAGAGUGGUUCCUAG